UCUGCCAAACUAUCGCAAACUAGUCAAGGCUAAGGGUGUUUUAAGUAUAUGAUUGAUAAACUACAAAAAUGUCUAACUUUUGGAUAGCAGAAUGUGCGUUUGUGUUGUAAAUUAGGCAAUUCUUGAGGUUAGAUUGACAGAGAGCUUGUCAGUUUAGCUUAGCCCCUCUGACAUGAAGUGUUAAUUUACUCUCAUGUCAACCACUGGGCUUUAACUGUUGUAAAGAGGUGAAAGCUUCAGAUUUAAAGAGCAUUGGGGGGUUAUUUUGUGCUUUUUGGGUGGAAACCUCUAACCCAACGCAGGUUAAGGUUUUGCUAGCCUAGCACUGAAAAAAACACUCACAAACCACGAAUCUGUUUCUUUGGAGAUUAUGAGCUCCAGUAAUAUUUAUGCAAGUCGCAAAAGGAGGAAACCUGUCCAGAAAAGUGUGAAGCAGCCUCUUACAUGUGUUAAAUCCAAUCCCUCCAAACGACAUAGAGACCGUAUGAAUGAAGUUCUGGCCAGCUUGGCCAGGGAGAUUCCUUUUCCACAGGAGAUCGUAUCCACGCUGGACAAACUCACCAUACUGAGGCUAAGUGUGAGCUACUUGCGGGCCAAAAGUCACUUCAAAAUAACCCUGAACUCAAAGAGUUCCAGCCAACAAGCAAAUAACACUAAACAGGCUCAGGAGCAGCCAGAGGGGGAAUUUUUGCUACAGGCUAUAAAUGGCUUUUUGUUGGUGGUGACCUCCAGUGGGAUAGUCUUCUACGUUUCUUCCAACAUUGAGGACUACUUGGGGUUCCAUCAGUCGGAUGUCAUUCAUCAGAGUGUGUAUGAACUCAUUCAUACUGAAGACCGGCAUGAGUUUCAGAGACAGCUCCACUGGGCCCUCAACCCUGGCUUUACCCCAGACUCUAGACAGCUUGUGCAAGCUUCCCCUGAUGCAUCAAGGACGUGCUACAGUCCAGAGCAGUUGUCACUAGAGAACUCUACUUGUCUGGAACGUAACUUUAUUUGCAGGUUAAGAUGUCUGUUGGACAGCACUUCUGGUUUUCUUGCCGUGAACUUCCAGGGCCGUUUGAAGUUCUUGUAUGGGCAGAAUGAGAGUACAGGAGAUGGCAAACGCAUCCCGCCUCAGCUGGCCCUGUUUGCCCUGGCCUGCCCUCUACAGCCACCUUCCAUACUGGAGAUACGCACCAAGAACUUAAUGUUCAAAACCAAGUAUAAGCUGGAUUUCACACCUAUUGCGUGUGACACAAAUUGGAAUUUUGUUCUUGGCUACACAGAGGCAGAGCUCUGUAAUAGUGGUUCAGGCUAUCAGUUCAUCCAUGCAGCUGACAUGAUGUACUGUGCUGAGGGCCACAUGCGGAUGAUGAGGACCGGUAAAACUGGGUUGACUGUUUUCAGACUGUUGACUAAACAGAACCGCUGGGUUUGGGUUCAGUCCAACGGCAAACUUGUCUACAAAAAUGGGCAACCAGAUUGCAUCAUCACCUCUCACAGAGUCAUAACGGCUGAGGAAGGUGAGGAGAACCUGAGAAACCGUGCAAUGAUGCUUCCCUUCAACUUCACUACGGGCGACGCUGUUCUUUGUGCCAUGAACUGUCCCACAUCUUCUGAUCCUGCCUCUUCAGAUGGCAAUACCCAACCCAAAACCACUAGAACUGUUAACCCUGACUCAUUGCUGGUCUCUUUGCUAAAGCAACCCAAGUCAAUAUAUUUAUCUCCUGCAGAUGAGCGCUCAGUGUUGGUACAGAGCUUAGGGAACAAGGAUCUGGAUGGGAUCUAUUCCAUUAACUCACAAGAAAGUGUUUCAGUCUCUAGAAGCUGUCCAUUCAAACAAGAGUCAGUCUUCAGCUCUGAAAGAGAUGACAGCUGUGAAAUCCUGAACUUCAUGGGAAGUUUAGGGAUCAGCCUUGAAGAUCUAAAGUUCCUUCAACAUGAGGAUCUGUUCAUCAAUAUGGAUUUAGACAGUCAUAAUGAUAUGGCAGACUUGUCAGAUGACAUUUUAUCUCAUGUACAACAGUCUCUUAAAACAAAGAUGGACUGUACAGUGUCAAAAAACACCCAGGGCAACAUGAAGGAGCAGGAACUCAUUAGGAACCCGGCCCAGACCAUAAUACCAAAUGAUUCAUGUGAUACUAUUACAUUACUAUCUCAGGAACAACAAAUGACUUUCAUAACAGACAAGACUGAACCAAAGAUUCAACUCACACAAAUACAACCUUAUACUCCACAGAAGGGAAUAACUUAUCUCCAAAUAGAUCCUCAUGAACACCAAGACACAAGGCCUCAGUCAUACAAUGGGACAGGAAUCACACUACCCAAAAGUUCACACAGCACAAUUCAGACAAUAAGCCAACAUUUGCAAUUCUCAAACCUUCCACCUUUCCAUGAGCAAGUGUGUGAAGCACUCAGAAGUCCUCAGGUUUGUGGGAAUAUGGCUGAAGUUAUAGACAGCGAUAUACAGCAGGUUUCUCCACUCUUCCCGCCAGAACUCCAGCCAUCAGGAUGUUUUUACCUGGAGAGGCCCAUUCUGGAUCCAAAGCUGUGCACCAGCUCUUCCCAGCAGCUCUCUUCAUCUCAAACCACUGAAGGUGAACCAGUGGAGUUUACCACUCAGGACCUCGAGGACCUGAUAAAUGACAUGAAUGGUGUUGGAGAGAGGAACAACUACUCAGGACUGGACAGAGGAAUGGACAUAAGAUCGAGCCUGGAUCAACAAGCUUACAUCGGAACAGGGUCACCACAGCGGAACGAACCACCAACAUAUGCAGCAUAUGUUUAACGGAAGGAUUGUCCUUCCAGCACCAACCCAUCACUUGAAGCAUCCAUACAUUCACAUUCACACACUACAGAAAUUUUUGCUUACCCAAAUCAUCUACAGUAUAGUGCAUAUCUUUGGACUUUUGGGGGUACCCGGAAAAAAAAUCCAAGCAAACAUGGGGAGA